GCCAGCGCCCGCCCGCUGGCACCAGUUUGCAGAGAUCUAGAGAGCUGCGAGGCGACUGGCUCGCGGCGGGAAGGGGCGUGUCCAGGCCGCCCCCUGGCCCACACGGAGCUCACAAGGCCCCUGUCGAGUGGUGCGUCCCACACAGCUCUCAGGCCAGCUGGGGCGGCGACAGCCGCACUUCGGAGGAGUGGCGUGACGAGGCCCAGCCUUCCUGGGUGCGGCGUCUGGGCCCUUCCCAGCUUUCCCUCCCCACCGCGCUCGGUGGUGGUGACCCAUUGGAGUUCCGGUUCCGGUUGCUGUGGCUGCGGGCGGGCGGUGAGUCUGGAGCAGGCGCGCAGUUGGUGCUCCGGCUCUGUGCUUUCCCUCUCGGCGUGACUAGGGCUUGCUGCUGCUCGGGGGGCUGCGCUGCCCCUGACUCCCCUCCGGGCGAUGGUGCGGCCUGAGGACGCCUCCAUCCCCCGCCGACGCUGACUCGGGUCCUUAAUCCAUGGCCGCCUCGGCGCCGCCCCCACCGGACAAGCUGGAGGGAGGCAGCGGCCCCGCACCGCCCCCCGCGCCGCCCAGCACCGGGAGGAAGCAGGGCAAGGCCGGUCUGCAAAUGAAGAGCCCUGAAAAGAAGCGAAGAAAGUCCAAUACUCAGGGUCCUGCAUACUCACAUCUGACGGAGUUUGCCCCACCCCCGACCCCCAUGGUGGAUCAUCUGGUCGCUUCUAACCCCUUUGAGGAUGACUUUGGAGCCCCUAAGGUGGGGGGCGCAGGCCCCCCGUUCCUCGGCAGUCCGGUGCCCUUUGGAGGCUUUCGUGUACAGGGGGGCAUGGCGGGCCAGGUACCCCCAGGCUAUGGCACUGGAGGAGGAGGAGGUCCCCAGCCACUUCGUCGGCAGCCCCCUCCUUUUCCUCCCAACCCUAUGGGUCCAGCCUUUAAUAUGCCUCCUCAGGGCCCUGGCUACCCACCCCCAGGCAACAUGAACUUUCCCAGUCAACCCUUCAACCAGUCUCUGGGCCAAAACUUUAGCCCACCUGGUGGGCAGAUGAUGCCAGGCCCAGUGGGGGGAUUUGGUCCCAUGAUCUCGCCCACCAUGGGACAGCCUCCUAGAGGGGAGCUGGGUCCGCCUCCUCUCCCUCAACGCUUUACCCAACCAGGAGCACCUUUUGGUCCUUCUCUUCAGAGACCUGGUCAGGGACUCCCCAGCCUGCCUCCCAACACAAGUCCUUUCCCUGGUCCAGACCCUGGUUUUCCUGGCCCUGGUGGUGAGGAUGGUGGGAAGCCCUUGAACCCACCUGCCCCCACUGCUUUUCCCCAGGAGCCCCACUCGGGCUCCCCUGCUGCUGCUGUUAACGGGAGUCAGCCCAGUUUCCCCCCGAGCAGCAGCGGCCGAGGUGGGGGCACUCCAGAUGCCAACAGUCUGGCACCCCCUGGCAAGGCAGGUGGAGGCUCAGGGCCCCAGCCUCCCCCAGGCCUGGUGUACCCUUGUGGUGCCUGUCGGAGCGAGGUGAAUGAUGACCAGGAUGCCAUUCUGUGUGAGGCCUCCUGCCAGAAGUGGUUUCACCGCGAGUGUACCGGCAUGACCGAGAGUGCCUACGGCCUGCUGACCACCGAGGCCUCUGCCGUCUGGGCCUGUGAUCUCUGCCUCAAGACCAAGGAGAUCCAGUCUGUCUACAUCCGAGAGGGCAUGGGCCAGUUGGUGGCUGCUAACGAUGGGUGACUCUAGUGCUGUGGCCUGGAGAAAUGCACCUUUUCCACCAUGCUCCAGCAGAGUGGCUCUCGCUCCUUGUCUUCCACUGUCCCAUCCCCAUGGAACAGAAAAAGGUUUCUGGAAGCAGAGAAGGAACUGAAGUGGGCAGGCAGAAAAAGCCUGGGUUGCUUGUUUUGUUGUUGUUGUUGUUGUUGUUUUUUCUGGGAACUUGUGCACUGAGUACCUUCAGAGAACCAGGAAACUAAAUCCUUGUUGAGCAGAGCCAUUCCUAGAGUCUAACUGGAGGCUGCAAGAGAAUAGGGGGCUGGCGAAAGUUUCAGAGGACAAGGAUGUCCUGUACGCAGAUGACCGCAACACCCGUGCCUACAAUACCUGCGUAGCCCCACGGCUGCUGCUGUGGCUCUUUGGAGUCACAUGUUCAAGGCUUCUUUGCUCCUUGAAAUAGAGCCCCCUUUCUUGGGUUCUGGAAACAAAUGGGGAUUUCUCUCUAUUUCUCUGUGUCCCUUUGCUUCCCCUGGACCUGACUUACUCCAUUCCUGUCAGAGAACCAAAUAACCUUCAGGAAACUGGAGAGUUCCUGACUAGGGCAGUUGUCUGUCUGGGGCUUCAAGACUGUAGGUAAGAGAUACUGAGAAGGCAUCUUCCUCAUACCAAAGUCACUGGUCCUCUCUCAGCUUCUCUUGAGUUUUUCUCUCUCAGCGACCAUGUUUUGCCAAAAAUUGGGAUAUGUGGUCUGAGUGACCAGAGUGUUGGAAGCUGGGGCUCCCCCUACAAGUCUGGACUGGAGGUGUAAGACACACACAUACACACCUGCCUAUCUGGUACACGGUGAGACGGUGAGACAGUGCUGUUCUUCAGCUCUUGGUGCCCUCAUAUUCUCUGUCUCGGGGAGAUGUUUGGGAAAGCACGAAGCUCUUUUACCUCAUUCCUUCCCCGAUGAAAGGAUCCAAGGGAGGCCCUGCCAUGGCUUUGGGGACAUGGGGCUGGGCAGCAGGACCCUCAAAGCCAUGGUACUGCAAGCUGAAAGAACCUGAAAUUUUCUGCUUACCUUUUUUUUUUUUUUUUUUUUUUUAAUCCUGCGAUGUCAUUGUGGGCCUGAUGAUCCAGCAACUGGGCUGGGUUUAUUUUUGUUUUUUUUUUGUAGCACUCCCUGCCGGUGAUGGCAUUGAGGCCUGAUCAGGAGCCCCUCUCAGCUGCCCCUUUCCAGCUAACCUAGAUGUCCGUUCCUCAAAUGGGUCCGGGAGGCAGGCUUGGGUGUGGCCCUCCUGAGAGAGUUGGAGGUAGCCAGCUUCACAGAGAAGGCUGCCCUCUGGGAUGUCCUAUCUCAGUCCUCAUGCUUCCUGCAUAGGGAGAGAGAAGACACUGGGAAGUUGGCAGCCUUUGAAGCUGAGGAUGAGGAGGGUGGACCUGCUUCUUACUCCCCCCCACACUCCCACUCUCCCACUCCCCCAUUUCCUAAACUACAGGAGACAGCCUCUCUGCUUAGCUUUGUGUUGUGCUGUGGUUUUGUUCGUCCCUGUUACCUGCCACUACUUUUGUGUUGUCUCCGUGGUUUGUAAAAUGCUCCCGGAGAGGGCCCAUCCCCUUGUUCCUCUCUGCUACCUUUUGGACGAAAGUGGGUUGGCAGGGAUGUGGUUACAGAAUCUUUUUGUACGGUUGGAUUAAUAAAAUGACUUGAAAAUCCAA